CUAUGGAGACGAGUAAUUGCUGACCCUGACAAAGUGGUCCGUACAGAACUCCGUCUUCUCAGACAAAAUAUUGGGCGUGGAGUGCCUUCUUCUAUGCGCGGAAAUCUCUGGCAACUCUUUUCUAAAUCACAAAACAACAACGGAGAUCUAGAGAACGAAUACAGAGAAUUGCUGAACCGCACCAGCCCUCACGAGAAAAUGAUUAAGCGUGAUCUUGCCCGAACUUUCCCUACGCAUGCCUUUUUUAAGGAUAGAGACGGAGAAGGCCAACAAAUGCUAUUUAAUGUCAUCAAAGCCUAUAGCCUGUUUGAUCAGCAAGUUGGUUACUGCCAAGGACUGGCAUUUAUAAUAUUAAUAUUAAACCUUUUGCAGAUGUCGGAUGAUGCUGCAUUCUGUGUACUAGUGAAAUUAAUGGGCCAAUAUGGACUCCGUGGCCAUUUCACACCACAAAUGGAGAGUUUACAUGAACACAUGUAUCAAUUUGACAAUUUAUUACAGCAAAAGUAUCCUGAAGUUCACCGCCACAUGGAACUUCAAGGGGUCAAUCCGAGUAUGUAUGCGUCUCAAUGGCUUCUCACUUUGUUUGCCUACCGAUGUCCCCUUACAUUGGUCAUCACUGUAAUGGAUUUGGUUAUUGCUGAGGGCACUCAGGUUGUGUUACAGUUUGCACUUGCUUUGAUCGAUCGCAACCAAGGCACCAUCCUCUCUCUUUCUUUUGAACCCCUAGUCGAGUUUCUUGUCAAUGGGAUAUUCAAUGUUUAUGGAGUAAGUAAAAUAACAUUUCUUUGUUUUCUUUUUUUUUGA